AUGGCUACGCCAGUAUCAUUAAAUCAAGUUGAAAAAAAAACUAUAGAGUCUAUUUUAACAAAUAAAAGAGAAGAGGGUAAACUAAUUACCAAAGUUUCAAUUUUAAAUGAAAAAAAGAAAAAAACAGAGAUCAAAACAUUAAUUUUAGGAACCAAUAGAAUAUUUUUAUUUUCAGAUUUAAAAGGAAAAUUAUCUGCAGAAUAUCACUAUUUAGAUGUUAAUGUUAUCGAAAGUAGUUCAGAGAACGAUGUAACAAUUAAAUUUAGAAAUCAAACUAUAUUUAAAAUGAGCAACUUAGAUGCUGGUGAAAUUUUAAAAACAAUGUAUAUUACUUUGAUAUCAACUUUUCCAGGUAUUAAAUUAGGCAAAACUGUACUUCUCCAAGUUACACCAGAAAGCAGAUUACCAUCAAUCUUUGCUGCAGCAUCUGCCUCGUCAUUUAACAACUCACAGUGCGGAUCAUUUAGCUUAACAUAUAGAUCAGUUUGUGAUUAUUUAGGAUUACAACCAUUAUCAUCAGUACUUUGGGAUAUAGAAAACCUUUAUCAAGCCAAUCAAGUUAAAGAUUUUAAUUUAGCUGAAAUCUAUCAAUUCACCCCAAAUGACCUAAAAGCCUUAUUAUUGUCCCUUUCCUACAACACAUAUUUUCAAUCAUUCAUUUCAAACUAUAAACUAUUAAACGAAGAUCUCAUACAAUUGGCUGAAGUUUUUAAAGAAAAUACCUCACUUCAACAAAUCUCAAUUACAAACUCUCAAUGUUCAAAAGAACCAUUUAUAUCAUUAUUAACAAACAUAGCCGAGAACAAAGGCUUAUUUGUUAGUUCAAUAAAUUUAUCAAAUAAUCAAUUAGAGAAUAAAGGUAUAUUAACAUUGGGAUCUAGUAUUCAAACAUUUUCAAAAAAUUUAAAUUAUUUAAAUAUUGAAAACACAUCAUGCUCUGGUAAAGGAAUUGAAGCAUUUUUUGGAUGUUUAGCAGCAAACUCUGUAAUUUGUUCAUCUCUCAGCUAUUUAAACAUAAAUAAUAAUAAAUUAGAAUCCUAUGGUACCAAUGGUUUAUGUAAAUUUUUAUCAAAAGCCAAGGCAUUACAACAAUUACAUAUGAGCAACACAUCACCAGUAUACAGUCUUUUAAAAAUGUCAUCACCAGCAAUUUUACAAUUAGAUUUUAGUGGAAACAGACCAACAACAUCAAAAGAAACCGUUAUGGAUAUACUCGCAUUCUUUAAACAAAUGCCAUCAUUACAAACUGUAAAUUUAGCAAGAAUUCAACCAUCUACCGAUGAAUUAAAAUUAUUAUUUAGUCCUGCUACCAAUUUAAUCAAGUGUCAAAAUGUUGAUUUAUCCGAAAAUGAAUUGGGUGAUAACGGUAUCACUAAACUCUGUGAAAUUAUGUAUCCAAAUUCAAAUAUUCGUCAUCUAGCAAUCGAUGGUAACUUUAAGAGCCGUUCUAAACUAAGAGGCAGAGCUAUAGAGGCAAUAAUUAAUUUGAUCGAAGAUAACAACUCUAUUGAAAGUCUUUCCAUCUCGACCGGUAACACUAAAUAUCAACUAAAGGGUGACUUGAUGCCAUUAUUAUUAUCGCUACUUAAAAAUCAAUCAUUAAUUAAAUUGGAUAUCAGUGGCAAUGGUGUAGGCGAUAGUGGUGCCUUAGCAAUCUCAAAAAUACUUUGGAAGAAUCAAACCUUAAAAAGUCUAAAAUGUGAAGGAAAUGACUUUUCAUAUACUGCAUUGAAAAUGAUCAAAAACUCUAUCAAGAGAAAUGAAAAAUCACUUACUUUCUUCCCAUUACCAAUUACCGAUAUCGCUGCAAUCCUCAAGAAUGAUGGUGGUAGCAGCAUUGUACAAGACAAAGUCAUUAAAACCAUUCAAGAUUUACAAUGUUCAAUUGUUAAUAACUAUCCAAACAAUAUCUCGAGUGAUGCCUCAAGCAACGAGUCACCAAACUCUGGCUCUGCACCUGCUACAAAACCACCAAGCCAAGGUUCUAUUAAAAAACCACCAACUGGACCACCAACCACCAAACCUUCAAGCACCACAAAUAUCACUAAUGGCUACACCACAUUACCAAUUAAAAGACCUGGUACCAGAGGUCCUUUAUAUCCUGGUCGUGUUAUAAACUCUAGUGCAUCAGGUGAGAAAUCAGCAUCUGCAGCCUCUCAAGUCGAAAUUCCACCAUUAGUAUCUCGUUCAAUAGAUUUAUUAAUUGAUGAAGGUACAAAUUCCGUUGGUAUCUUUAGAACAUGUGCUUCUGCUACAGCAUUAAAGAAAAUUAAAUCAAGAUUUGAGGCCGGUGAAGAUAUAGAUUUGAAAGCAGAGAAUGUUGAUGUAGAUACUGUAGCUGGUGUACUUAAAAGUUAUUUCAGAGAAAUGGCCUCACCAAUUUUCCCUGAAAAUAUACACGAAUCCUUUUUCCAAGCCUCAAGACAAUCAACCAUCGAAGAUAAAAUAUUGGCAUAUCAUGAUAUCGUUGAAAAGAUGCCACCAUUAGAGUCCAAAAUGAUAAAGAAACUUUUCCAUCUCCUCCACUUAAUUUCCUUAGAAAAAGAUGUAAAUAUGAUGUCACCAGAAAACAUUGCAAUUUGUUGGGCUCCAACUUUAUUUAGAUCAUUUGCAUCAGAACUUUUACCAAUUAACUCAUUUAUGAUCGUAUUUUACUUUGAUAUAUUUGACCCAGAAAACAAACCAAUUUCACCAGAAAGCAAAGCUGAAAAUGGUUCACCACCAAUCAAUGGUGCCAAUACCAAUAUUAACAACUCAUUAGCCUCACCAUUGUCACCAGUAACCUCACCCACAAAGGAUGGCUCUCCAACCCCAACCACACCAAGUAAAUCACAUACUAUUGGUCCAUUAAGAAGACCAUUAUCCUCAAGCACUGGCAUGUCAUUGAUUGAUAAAGAACCAUCAGCACAACAACAUAAUACAAUGCCAUCCUCAACAAAACCACCCUCAACUGGUGUCACUAGAAAAGGCAGUAGCGGGUUACCACCACUUCCAACCUCUUUAUCAGCAACCAAUACAAAUAGCAAUACCUCUUCUUCAUCAUCAGGUGCAUCAUCACUAAGAAGCUCCAAUGGAAUAAACACAUCACCAAACUCAUCACCAACACCAACACCCCCAGACUCACCAAGCUUCUCACGUAUUGAUGGUAAUGCUACUUUAAGAUCCAAAAGAUUUAGUCGUGUUAAUAGAGGAUCCUACUCUCCUGGUUUAUCAAGAGCUUCAAGAUCUAUUUCAUCAUUAUUCCAAGACUCUGAUCUUGCAAACAAUGAUACAAGU